AUGCGCCUGAGGGUUACUCCGGGGGUCCUUCCGAUCAGUCCCUCCGAUCAUAUCGCCAGACAUGUCUGGAAUGAAGAGGAGAGGUUGACCCAUAAGUUCUAUAACCACGACCGGAAGAUAUUAUCUCUGCAGCAGUCAGAGAAGGCGUGGUUCCAGGAUGUCCUCAUAGCCUCUACUCUAAGGGACCUUUGUGAGAUCUGGUACAUUGUGAUCCAUAACGUGAUGCUCAUGGCAUUUGCAGAGAGAUGGCAUCCUAAGACGUCCUCCUUCCAUCUAACUUAUGGUGAGAUCACUGUUACAUUGGACGACGUCUCUUGUCUACUGCAUAUACCUAUCAGGGGUACCAUCCUCCGUCAUGGUAGGAUUACGAAGGAGGAAGCGAGAGAGCUUCUGGUUGAGGAGCUUGGGUUGAUCCACUAG